GCGCACCAGCUCGUCGGCUGUCCCCUGUUCGGUGGCUGUCCCCCACGCUGGCGGCUGCUGGUGACCGGCACAGGAUGAGUGGGUGCCCAGUGGGUGCUGUGUGGGGUGAGGGUCACCAUGCAGGCAGCAGGUUUCAAGUGCCCCAUUUGCUCCAAAUCCGUGGCUUCUGACGAGAUGGAAAUGCACUUUAUCAUGUGUCUGAGCAAACCUCGCCUCUCCUACAACGAUGACGUGCUGACCAAGGACGCUGGCGAGUGCGUGAUCUGCCUGGAGGAGCUGCUGCAGGGGGACACGAUAGCCAGGCUGCCCUGCCUCUGCAUUUAUCACAAAAGCUGUAUAGACUCAUGGUUUGAAGUGAACAGAUCUUGCCCAGAGCAUCCUUCUGAUUGACCCGCCGAGCGUGCUUGCUGACUUCUCUCUAAGGGCACCUUGCUAUACCUGCUGUACCUCCUCUCCCCGUCCCCCCCGCCCCGCCUGGAGUUUUGGGCUGACUUUAAAUUCCUCAAGAAGACAAAAAUAAAACCCAGAAACUUGAAUCCACUUGGGACAACGGCGCAGUUUUUAUUUUAUUUUAUUAUUUUUAUUUGUUCUGUUGUUUUUCUGCUUUUUUGUUUUGGUUUGGUUUUUUUUUUUUUAAUUUAAAAGACUUAAAACAAAAAGAAACAUCCAGGAGACAACAACAGUGUUGAGAAAAGCGGAGCGACCUGCUCUCCCCUCCACAGCUGCUGGUCACCAGGAGAGCUCUGCCUGCCAGGGAGGCCCCGGGGACGCCCUCGGCCGAAACCCUGCCAUGAUGUUUGGCUUUUCUCCCCGAAGCAAAAGGGGAAAGCUGCCGGGGGACAGCCGGCCAAACGGAGCACACGGCAUUUCUCACCGGCAACCCCCCCACCUCCCACCCGGACUCGCCCGGGGGCUCUGCUCGGUUUUUUUGCACUGACUAAAACGGGAAAUUCCUCCUCUCUCCCAUCUCCCUUUUGGAGAUCUCCACCCCGGCCCCGGCAGUGUUGAGAUGGGGACUCUGCCCCACGCCGGGAGCGGGGCCACUGCUCCCCCCUGCUGAGUCGCAGGGGUCCGUCUUUCAAGUGUUUACAAUGAGAAAAAAAAAAGGAAAAAAAAGGAAAAAAAAAAGAAGAAAAAAAGAGAAAAUGGACAAAAAAAACCAAACAACAAACCACAACUGAAGCUUCGUGUUGACUGGCGUGUUCUUCAAUUUGAGCUUCCCUGCCCCGGUGAUGUUUACAGACUGGUCACUCUUUAACUCAGCUAUAACCACUCAGAGACUGGAGAGCUGCAGCAUCCCCGCCGCCCCUCCUGUGCCCCCUCGCCGGGCUCCUCUUGCCAAAACCGCCUCCCCUCUUUCUUUUCCAUCGGCUUUGAGUUGGACCCUUUUGAGGAGGGUAUGGGGAAGGCCCCAAUGGCCCCCCCAGAUGCCCCCAGCCACCCCUAGUCACAGGGGUGGCUUUGCUGGAGGUGCCAAGAUGGUGUCAUUUCAUGGCAGUGACCCCCCUCGCCCAUCCCUGUCCCCUCCUGGCGCGGCGGGCGCGUUUUCGUUGGUGAGACCUCCCCUGCCGGUGGCCGUGCCCCUGCGGGAAACCUUUCUGUAUUUAUAUAUUAAAAAAAAACCGGGGGAAAAAAAGAGUUCAGAGCUUGGGGGGAGCUUCCUUCAUUAGUCAAGGUGUUUUGAUAUGGUAUUAAAACAAUGUUCAAUAAAAUAUUCACUGUUAUUUUA